AUGCCACCGAAGCUUCCGAUCCUCAUUAGCUCAGCGGUAGCAUCUAUACUGCUGGCACACUUCGCGCCUGGAUACGGCUCGCGCACUCAGACCUUCUUCCUGGUCGCUUUCACAGAGUUCAUUGCUUGGGCAACAUGGCGAGUGGUCAUCUAUCCAAACUUUCUCAGUCCUUUGAAGGGCCUUCCUGAGCCUUCGGGAGGUAGCUGGUGGAAUGGACAUGCAUCAACAAUUAUGGCCCAGCCAUCGGGGCAUCCAAUGCGCGAGUGGAUAGAUGCUAUACCCAAUGACGGUCUCAUUAGAUACACCAACUGGUUCAACUCUGAGCGCGUGCUUUUGACAAACCCAAAGACUCUCGCCGAAGUUUUAUCAAGCAAGAAUUACGAGUUUAUCAAACCGGCCCAUUUCCUGGACAUAAUUGGUCGCAUCCUAGGCAUUGGCCUGCUGUUCGCAGAAGGCGAUGAGCAUAGAACUCAGCGCAAGAACCUGAUGCCUGCAUUUUCAUACAGACACAUCAAAGAUCUGUAUCCUGUGUUCUGGUCCAAAUCCAAGGAGAUGGUCGAAAGGAUGUCUGACGCAAUGCACGAGGGUUCUGAGACUGGCAACACGUCCAAGGAGAGUAUAGCUGAAGGCACUAAUUCCUCCAAUGUUGUCGAAGUCAGUGACUGGACCAGUCGAGCUACAUUGGACAUCAUCGGAGUGGCUGGUAUGGGUCGUGAUUUCGAAGCUCUGAAGAACCCUGACAACGAAUUGAAUCAGACUUAUAAGACUAUUUUCCAUCCACCAAAGUCGGCUAGGUACUUACAGGUUGCCGGCAUGUUCUUACCUCGCUGGUUUUUAAAGAGCCUGCCUAUCAAGCGUAACGACGAGAUUUCAGAAGGAUCUGCUCUGAUCAAGCAAACAUGCCGUGAUUUAAUAGCUGCCAAGAAGAUUCGCAUGGAGAAAGGCGCCGCAGACGAGACCGAUAUCCUCAGUGUUGCUUUGAGGAGUGGCAGUUUCGCUGACGAGAAUCUUGUCAGUCAGAUGAUGACGUUCUUGGCUGCUGGACAUGAAACAACGAGCUCGAGCAUGCAAUGGGCCAUAUACAUGAUGUGUCGCCAUCCUGACGUACAAAAACGCGUACGCGAAGAAAUUCACGCCAAAUUGCCUUCCGUGCGUGAGCCUCAGGCUCAGAUCACCGCCGCCGACAUCGACAACUGUCAUUACCUCCAAGCCGUCUGCAAAGAGACCCUUCGUCUCUGGGCUCCAGUAGCUCUAACAAUGAGAGUCGCUGCCCGAGACGAAACCAUCAACAACCACCCCAUUCCCAAGGGCACGCUGGUCGUUGUCGCACCACUCGCAAUAAACUGCAGUAAACAUCUCUGGGGCGAUGACGCAAUGGAAUUCAAACCAGAACGCUGGUUGACAGAAGGCAUCUCCAACAAAAACGGCGGUGCCGAGUCAAACUACAGCUUCCUGACUUUCCUUCACGGACCCCGAUCAUGUAUUGGUCAAGGUUUUGCUAAUGCCGAGUUCGCUUGUCUUCUUGCUGCUUGGAUUGGCAAAUUUGACACCGAAUUUGAGGAUCCGGAGUAUGUUCUUGAGGUCAAGAGCGGUAUCACUUCUAGGCCUAAGAAUGGGUUAAGGGUUAAGCUUACUGAGGUUGAGGGAUGGUAG